UUUCUCUUAUAGGCAUUGAAUCAAAGUAGUGGUUGUAAAUCUACUGAAAAUUUCCUUUGACAAACUCAGAAGCCAACACUGAUAACAAUGUAUUUUCUGGCAUUCGUGCUCUCUUGCUUUGGUUCCAGUGUUUUGGCGGAUGAUUAUUCCCGUUCUCUUUAUCUGGACCCCAACAAAACUUAUCACCUUUCAUGGAAAUUCAAUAAAUCUCACAUUGAAUUCCAUACUGAAGUUAAAACACUCGGUUAUGUGAUGCUAGGCUUGUCAACGGACGGUAACUUGAAAAACGCCGAUGUCUUCUUUGCGGGAGUUUCUAACGGACAACCUUAUUCAUCUAACUAUUAUGGCAAUAGUGACGGAAAAUUGUCUUUACAAUCAAUCAGUGAAUGGCAUCUUAUGUACUCCAAUGAGUCUAACAUGGAAACAACAUUGACAUUCUCUAGAGAACUUUCUGGGCCAAAUAUGAAGAUGAAUAUCACACAAAAUACAAUGAGAGUCCUGUGGGGCUACGGUAAGACAGACAUGAUAAAUGAGAACUUUCAACUGGAUGGCGUCAAAAGUCUGUAUCUGCUUGAAGACCAGUUGCCUGAACCAGAAAUGCCAAAUGAUGCAUUUCAUAUACAAUUCAGAAUGAAUAAAACUCGAAUUCCAAACUCAGAAACUACUUAUUGGUGUAAAUCGUUUGAAACACCACAACUUGACGAGCAAGUACAUGCUAUUGCGUUUUCUCCUGACAUCCAAAAAGGACAUAAAGACUUUGUUCACCAUAUGAUAGUAUAUGGCUGCUACGGAAACACUGAGAAAGGAAAUAAUAAUAGACAUGAAGGAGAAUGCUAUUUAGGAAGUAUGUUGAUUCACUGGCGCUACUGUACCGAAGUUGUUUUCGGAUGGGCAGUUGGAGGCGAGAAAUUCGUUCUCCCUAAACAUACUGGAAUGUCUUUUGGAGGUAAAGAUGAUCCUGUAUACUAUUUAUUGGAAAUGCAUUACGAUAAUCCACAAGAGAAGGAAGGCGUGCUCGAUUCCUCCGGAAUAGACAUAACUCUUACUAAAUCUAAACGUCAAUACAAUGUUGGAAUAUUAUCAGUGGGAUAUACUGUGAGAGGUUGUACGCAAUUAAUUCCACCUUAUGCCAAAGAAUUCAAAUAUUACGGAAACUGUGAGGCGUGUGGAUCUAUGAUUAAACCUGAAAGAAAUAACCAAUGGAAUGAGGACGGAGUUAAGAUGAUAGGCGUUCUACUUCAUGCACACAAGGCAGCGAAGAAGAUAAGGCUUCAUCAUUAUCGUGAUGGUAAGAAGCUUCCUGAUAUUAUGUAUGAUGACAAUUACGAUUUCGAUUACCAAGAUCUGAGGCGCAUCGAGAAGGAGAUUACACUUUUAAAGGAUGACAUCCUACAAGUAGAAUGUGUUUAUGGCACUACAGAUAGAACCAAUUUUACAGAAGGUGGUUUUAGCACUAAGCAUGAAAUGUGUCAAGCAUACAUCAUGCAUUAUCCAGAAAUAAAACUAAAACGUUGUACUAGCGGUUUAAAUUUUGAUCACAAACUAAUCGGGACUAACUUGCAAUAUAAGAAUAACCAAAGUGCAGUUAAAAAAAUGGAAUUAAUAGUCAACGGUUUGGAACCCGAAGUCGGUUUUAUUCAGACUUGUGUUAAUAAGACAAGUCGUAUCGAGUAUAUGAAUCAAACUUUCCCGGUAAUUAAAUCUGAUGACCCGACAACUCAACAACCACCUACAACCGAAAAGAAUUCAGCUGCAAAAUUCUUCGUAAAGACCGGAAUGAUUUUCAUUUCGAUUUCUUAUUGGUUAAUUUAACACUUUUACAAAUACUGAUCAGAUCAUAUUAAUAAAAUAUCAAUUCCUAUAUAAGUAUGAAAAGUAAUCUUUGAUGUAUAGCUGAGGAAAAUCUUUCAUGAAUAUUCUAAAUUUAUACGUAUACAUACGUAUCUGAUUGUAUGAGCGCGUGUGUGUAAAAAUUUAAACUUAAUUGCAUAUACCAAUAAAGACAAAUUCUGAUUAUUGCAUACGAUUUUAGUUUCCAAUAUUGCAUAAGGUAAUCGGCGAAAUGUGGCAUAAAAUGAACCUGUAUCUGGUGUGAUAUGAAUUAAGGGAUUCUUAUAAGCUUCAUUUUUCCCAAUGAGUUAAAGCUUUAUUUUCCAUAAUGAAUUAAAAUUCAGUGUUACUUGCUUACAAAGGAUUCAUAUCCAGAAUGUGAUAUUUGUUCAUGUUAUUCUCCGAUUCCAAUAAAGUUCAAACAUUCAAAUACUUUUUGUAUUAUUUCUACGUAAUAAAAUUUUUCAAUAAAUAAACCUAAAAAUAGUUUUAGAAGCCAUUUUGUUCUACUUAUUUUGCUUUUCUUGUUCUGUUUAUCAUCGACUAGAAUAGAAUGUGAUCGACUAGAUUGACUGAGACCCGACACAUCACUCUGGAUGGUUCUUCCAGUAAUUAAGUAGUUCAAACUCUACAAAACUCAGUACCCAGGUCUAUGAAACUGGCAAGCAUGAUAUAUUGUAAACUAUCAAAUGGAUAGCAAAAAAGUUUAAAUUUCAAAUGUUCCUAUUUUUCAAAAAACUUAUGCAAACUGAAACAUUUAGCAAAUUUCAGCUUCUAAUAAUAGCAUAAAUAAUUCUUUUUAAUUCUGGGACCAGUUCAGCAAUUUUG